UGUUUUACCUAGGGCGUAUAAGGACAACGCCUCGGUUGCAACUCGUGUUUGCUAACUUAUGCAGUAUGACAGUCACGGUUGGCCAAGCUAUCUUUUAGCAGCUGCUUAGCCACAGCCCACCGUAGCUCGACACCCAUCUAACUUGACUACUUUGUAGCGUGGCUUUCUUCAGAUGCAGCAGUGUUCUCAAGCGGCUAAGACAUAAAUGUUCUUCCAUAGUUGUAUGAGACCAGGAAGAGGACCUCUGGAUCGGAGCUCUGUGAUGCUUAUGAUGUUAAAAGAAUUCAGUGCAUUCACAUCACUUGGCCCCUCUUGGUCUGCUAACCCACUGAUGUGUUAAACCUAACUUGAAAUCCCCGCUUGGAAUCACUAUGAUCAUUUGCGCUGAUCCAACCCUGCCCUUUGGGACAAGAACUCCCCAUAACCAACCUCAUCAAAUGAUAUGAUAGUAGUUGCCUGGAUCAGUUACUGUGCCUGCAGGAGCUUUGCACAGGUUCUGCUCUUGCUUUCCUCCACAAACUCUUUUCCUUCGCUGUGGGAGACCCUCGUCUGUGUGCUCACCGGCCGGGGAACCAUGGGUAAUAGCUGCGUGUGCCGGGAGGAGAGCGACACGGAGGACCAUCACCACGGGACGUCGAGAGCGUCUCGAGGACAAGCCAGGCGGGUGGACCACAGUACGGGAACGGCCGUCGAUGCAGGAGAGACUCGUAGCAGUCGUCCAAGGGACCCGGUCAGACCCCCCCGUAGGGGGCGUGGACCCCAUGAGCCACGACGUAAGAAGCAGAACGUGGAUGGCCUGGUGCUGGACACGCUGGCUGUCAUCAGGACUCUUGUAGACAAUGACCAAGAACCACCUUACUCAAUGAUCACUUUACAUGAGAUGGCAGAGACUGAUGACGGCUGGCUGGAAGUUGUUCAGUCUCUCAUUCGAGUGAUCCCGUUAGAGGAUCCACUUGGCCCUGCAGUCAUCACCCUUCUAUUGGAUGAAUGUCCCCUGCCCACUAAGGAUGCUCUCCAGAAGCUUUCCGACAUGCUGAGUCUGAGUGCAUCUGUGGCCCAACGGGAUGCGCUGAGCCCUGCCAAACACAGAAACACCACAGCCGUCCUUGGAUGUCUGGCUGAGAAACUGGCUGGACCAGCCAGUAUUGGACUGUUGAACCCUGGAACUCUUGAGUAUCUCCUAGAGAGCAUGAGCUCUGAGGCGCACCCCACUGUCAUGCUGUUUGCUCUGAUUGCCUUGGAGAAGUUCUCGCAGACCAGUGAGAACAAGCUAACAGUAUCCGAGUCUUGUAUAAGCAAGAGACUGGCUGUUCUGGAAUCGUGGGCAGAGCACUCCGACUACCUAAAGAGGCAGGUCGGAUUCUGCUCACAGUGGAGCUUGGACAACUUGUUCCUGAAGGAAGGUCGUCAGUUCACCUACGAAAAGGUCAACCUCACUCAUAUCAACGCUAUGCUCAACAGCAACGACGUCAGCGAGUACCUCAAGAUUUCCCCGAGUGGAUUAGAGGCCCGCUGCGAUGCAUCUUCCUUCGAGAGUGUGCGUUGUACAUUCUGUGUGGAUUCAGGCGUGUGGUACUAUGAGGUGAUAGUCAUUACAUCAGGUGUGAUGCAGAUCGGAUGGGCCACCAAGGACAGCAAGUUCCUCAACCAUGAGGGUUACGGGAUUGGCGAUGACGAAUACUCUUGCGCUUAUGAUGGCUGCAGGCAGCUCAUCUGGUACAAUGCUCGCAGUAAACCUCAUGCUCACCCCUGCUGGAAGGAGGGAGAUGCAAUUGGCUUCCUGCUGGACCUCAGCAGAAAGCAGAUGAUCUUCUAUCUGAAUGGACACCAGCUGCCACCAGAGAAACAGGUCUUCUCUUCCGCUACGUCUGGGUUCUUUGCAGCAGCCAGUUUCAUGUCAUACCAGCAGUGUGAGUUUAACUUUGGCGCCAAGCCUUUCCGCCACCCUCCCUCGGUCAAGUUCAGCACCUUUAACGACUUUGCUUCACUGCUACCCAGUGAAAAGAUCAUCCUACCAAGACAUCGACGUUUGGCUUUACUGAAACAAGUUAGCAUCCGGGACAACUGCUGCACACUGUGCUGUGACGUCAUGGCUGACACAGAGCUGCGACCAUGUGGGCAUGGGGGUAUGUGCAUGGAGUGUGCCUUACAGUUAGAAACGUGUCCCCUGUGUCGCCAAGACAUCCAGACUCGCGUCAGACUCAUUGCACAUGUCUCCUGACACUCCUCGUGUAAGGAGAGACGCACAAGCCCUACUGCCACCUCCACCUCCAAGUUCCUCUGGCCCGGCCAGCUUGGAGGAUGGUGCUGCAGUGAACGUACCAGAAUUAUGCCUUCUGGUCAGAGGAGGUCUUGGUGGAGGGGUGAUAAUAGGAAAGAGAGGAGCUGAGAGGAUCGGAGCCCAAACACAGCAGAACUCCCAUUUAAUGACACCUCUGCUUGUGUUCUUCUGAGCUGAAGCAAGACAAGAAUCCUGAACUUUUCACACUCUAAAGGAGGGAGUCAAAACAAAGUAAUCAGAUUACAUCAAACCUAUCAUCUGUAAAACUACGUUAGCGGAUCUCCUUUCACAAAUGAAGAUAGCGCCUGUUUAGAGGGCACUGCUUUGGGAUCUGCUAGAGCACGGUAGUAGUAAGUCGCAAAUAAAAUUUGAACCCUAAGGUACAGAGAAAUGUGAUAUAUUUCACUUUUAUAUGACUGGGUGUAAAUCUGCAGUUUGUGUUCUCAAGGUAGCAUUAUCCUUGUCUUUUCUCCGUGUUGUACUAAAAGCCCUCGGUUAAUGUCACUUGCUCUGCUGAGCUUUGACCCAGUAUGUGGAAUUUCCACAAAUCAGGACUAUCUGAUGCAUUAUUCUGAUAAAAAUGUUCGAAAACCAAAAACAUGCAGGACUCAUUUGUUUACAAAUACCUCAUUUAUUUUACAAAGGCAAAGGUUAAAUUAUCCAGUCUGACCAGAAAAAUGUACAUUGCUGCCAAUGAGCAACCUUAAAUAGAGGACUCUACUGAUUUUAAAGUCUCUGCUUGCUUUUGCUUUAUUUCAAGUCUUAGAUUAUUCUUUGCGUGCAGUGAUUUUAGUAAGGACCACAAGUACAUAAAAAAGGAGUAAUCGGGGCCCAUUUGUCCCCAACAAAGUAGUUGCUAGUAAAUAAAGGCGAACCAUCAGAGUCUUCAGUUUGACCUACAAGUGUGGCACGUUCCCACAAGUAAAUA